AUGGCCGAAGAAAACAUCACCAACAACCAACAGCCCCAAAAACAAACCCCAACUUUCAUCAAUUUCCAAGGCUUUUGGUGUCGAUCUCAGCUUGUUCCAAAUGUAAAAUCCUUCCAAGAACACUUCCAAGCUCUGGAUGAUGACAUUAUUUUAGCCAGCAAGCCAAAAGCUGGCACCACAUGGUUGAAAGCACUGGCCUUUACCAUCAUGAACCGCAAUCGUUUCGCACUUUCAAACAGCCCCUUGAAUUCAUCAAACCCUCACGACCUUAUUCCCUAUCUCGAAAUGACAUUGUACAAUGAUGGUCUCAUCCCUGAUUUUGCUGCCAUUUCAUCGCCAAGGCUGUUUUCCACUCACCUUCCUUAUCAUGCAUUGGCAGAAUCAAUCAAACAAUCGAAUUCCCGAAUUGUUUACAUAACUCGCAAUCCGUUGGAUGUAAUCGUUUCGAUGUGGCACUUUGUAACCAGCCGACCAGAGCGUGCUGAGUGGCCAUUGGAGGAAUGUUUUGAGCAGUUUUGCAGAGGUGAAGAAGGGUACGGACCUUUCUGGGAUCAUGUGCUUGGGUACUGGAAAUAA